UGAAAUGAAUGUUUCGGUACACGAAGCUCAUUUGUCGUUGAUUUCGUUAGAGUGUAGGACGGGUAAUGCAUCAAAAGAAGUUAAAAGAACGCGCAAAAAUGGAUCUUAUCUUUAUUCGAGCAACAAUAUUCAUCAUAUUGCUAACAUCAUCAUCAAGCAGACCAAUACCGAAAAUCACAGACAGUCGGAUACGGAGGCUAAUUAAGCAGAUAUUCUAUAUUCCUCCACCUGGCCAAUCUUAUUUCAAUACUACGUCCGUUCAGUUAUCGGUUUCACAAAUUUGUAAUAAUGUGUGUGUGCCUUUUCAUCUGUGUGAUAAUGGAAGUGUAAUUACGACCGGUGCUAAUUUAUUUGCACCUAGAAUGGGACUGGAUGAAGACAGUGAGGGACCACAAUAUUGUAGUGAAUCGGAGAUAUGCUGUAAAUUAAGCUACGACGACAGUAACAAUGAAGACAUGAACUCUUACGAAGAAUUUAUAUCGAAAGAAAUUACUGACUUAACUGAAGGCGAUGAAGAUAUGGAAUACGACGACGGCAAUAACAUAGACAAUACAAAAAAAUUGCAACCGCGGUGUGGCCAAAGGAAUUUCAACAUGCUUCAGCCACGAAUUUCGGGAGAUGAUACAGCCGGCUUUUCCGAAUUUCCUUGGAUGGUAAUGGUUUUGAAAAAGACUUUGAAAUCAGAGUUUUUCGACUAUCAGUGUGGUGGUAGUCUGAUUCAUCCCAACGUCGUGCUAACAGCUGCACAUUGUAUACACAAAAUGCAUCCGAAAACUUUACAUAUACGAGCUGGUGAAUGGGAUAUGGAAAAGACCAACGAGGUUCUACCUCAUCAAGAUCGCGAAAUACAAUCAGUUAUUAUUCACAAGGACUACUACAACCCAACAUUGUUGAAUGACGUCGCCCUUUUGAUACUAAAGACUCCUGUGGAAUUAGCUGACAACGUCAACACAAUCUGUUUACCACCCCAAAACUAUUCAUUCAGCAAGGAGCGAUGCGUUGUGUCUGGAUGGGGAAAGGAAAAUCACAGUCGUGAGAGUAGAUUUCAGACAAUUCUGAAGAAGGUGGAUGUACCUGUCAUUCCGAAUUUCCUGUGUCAAAUGCUGUUUCGAAAUACGGUGCUGGGAAAAUAUUUCCGAUUGGACAGCUCAUUUAUCUGUGCUGGCGGAGAGUAUGGUAAAGAUACGUGCAAAGGGGAUGGAGGUAGUCCGCUUGUAUGUAAAAUUCCGAAUACAAGCCAUUCAUACUACCAGUCGGGAAUUGUUUCAUGGGGAAUUGGAUGUUCGGAAAGAAAUAUCCCGGGAGCCUAUGUCAAUGUGGCCCGAUAUAGAAAAUGGAUCGACACAGAGAUGCAGAAGAUGGAGCUGGAUAGCAGUUCAUACAUUCACGAAUAACUGGAGCGGUAGU